AUGUUAUCCAAUACAUCGAGAGGGUAGCAAUAAAAUCAAUUUUCAAAAACAUAAACUCAAACUCUUAUACCACUUUCUGAAAUCAAUCAUAUAAGGGGAAAACUUAAGGGAGGGAAUUUGGCCACAGAAGAACGGUAACUGGAUAAAAUGAGAAUGAAGGCAAAUUCUGAAGAAAGGAUGAAACGUUGGCCAACGACUAUAGCAGCUUAUAAACAAAAAAGAGAUUAGCAUAGAUUUGAAAAAUUCACAGCAGCAGAAGAAGAGAGAAGGCAAAUUGAUGUUGAAGAGGAGAAAUUUUAGAAGGAACAGAAGAAAAUAACUUUAUAAAAAGCGAACAUAUAAAUUUAUGAAGAUGGCGAUAGGGUAAAGGCAUUUCAUGGGAAAAUGCUUUUUUCAGAUGUAUUGCAGGAGAGGGAUGAAUAAAUUGUAAUGGAGAAAUAUAAGAAAGAACUUCUGAAAUAAUAGGAAGAGAUCUAUCAUUAAAUCAUAGAAGAACAAUUGGAUGAAUAUGAUUAGAAGUAAAUUGUAAAAUAGAAAUUACUACAAUAAAAGAAGAAGGAAUAAAAGGAUAUGCUCCAUAAAUAACAUGAAGAAAUGAAAGAGAAAUAUCUAACUAAAUUAAAGGAAGAAAGAAUUGAAGGAGAAUUGAUUAAGUAAAAGGUUAGGGAUGCUUUAGAAGAGGAUUAAAAGAUAUAAAGACUAAAAUAGGAAAAGAUAUAGGAGAAUCAGAGGUUAGUAUAAUUGGCGAAUGAUUAAUUAACAGAAUUCAAGAUUUAAUAGAAAAUUAAAGAGAAGGAAGAAGAUGAAAAGAUAAGAUAACAUGCUGAAAAGAAACAUAGAAUAGCUGAGAUGCGAAAAGUGAGGGAGGAUUUAAAAUUUCAUGAAAAAUAAUAAUAGAGAUAAAAAAUGAUUGAUCGAUAGAUUUAAUAGUUAGAGGGAUUGAAGAAAGCCUAGGAAGAACAUUUAAAUAAAUAAAUUAUAGAAGCUUAAGUUAAAGCUGAAGAAGUAGAAAAAAUAAAAAAGCAGAAGAGAGAAUAAAUGUGUAGAGCAAUUGAUUAUAGUAGAAAGAUCAAAGAAGAAGUGAAAGAAACAGAAUCUAAAUCUGUUGAUUAUCAUAAAAAAGAGUUUCAGACAUACUGGGAAAGAAGAGGUAAAGAAUUAGAAGAAAUAGAAAGAGCUGAAACUACUGCAUAAAGAGAGAGAAGAGUUUAGAAUGCAAGAUUUUAAUAAAACUAAAUUGAUGAAAAGAAAGUUAUAAGAGAAAAAGAGUAUAUUGAAUAAUUAGAUUAAUAAGAAGAGAAAUAAAGAAAGAUAGAAAAAGAGGAUGAAAUUUUCCUGAUAUGGGCAAGUUAAAAAAUUUAAGAACAUUAGAGAGAAGGAAAGAAAAUUUUACCUUUAAUAAAAGAGCUAAAGAACUUAAGUAAAGUUCCAUGA